AUGGACUCCUUCGCCAUCACAGAGGGCCUUGUGCCUGAUGAGACCGCACAGGGUGGCCAGGAAUCUCAACCUCCAGUCUCCGCCAAACUCUCCGAGGAAACAACCAAGUACCAACGCGCGAUUGCCGCCUGGAGAGGCAUUGAUUUGGCAGCGACAAUCGCCAAGCUCGAUACCACGGCCUCGGAUAUCGUUGCGCAGCAGCGGGACUCCCUCGUCCAAAGGAAGGACCUCGCGCAGAAGACGAAGGACUUUAAGAAACUCGACGACCAGUCCAAACUGACCGAGUACAAAGGGCUGUUGAAAGCAUACCAGUCCUUCAUCGACGUCCUGACCAACCAAGGGAAAACAUCCUCGUCCGCCUUCCUGCAACUGUACUCCUCUCUAUCCGAAGCACCAGAUCCAUACCCACUCCUCGAAGCCUCGGUCGAUUCCCUCGUGCUUUCCGAAGAUACAGUCCCUAAACUCACCUCCGAGAAAGACCAAUUGCAGCGGUCUGUUGAACGUCUUACCACACAGCAAGAGGAAACCGAGAAGCGGCUACAGGAAGAGCGCGCUGCGCGCAAGAAGUUGGAGGAAACCCAGGAGACUAGGGCUAAGGAGAUUGAAGCAUCCUGGGAAGCAGUGUUGUCAGAAAAGACAAACAACUGGGCCGCUAAGGAAAAGAGCUUGGAAGAGAAGGUGGAGAAUCAGGAGCGUUUGCUGAAAGAAGUCAAAGCGAGCUAUGAAGUGUCCGAACGUCUGGGCGAAGGCGCUGACAAUGACAACUCUCGGAGCGGCGCAACUGCGGCUGAGCUAGAGCUUGUUUCUGCUGAUCUGGAGAAAACAAGCUUGCGCUUAGGAGAAGUGGAGGCACGGAACGAGCAGCUGCGGCUCGAGUUGGCCCAAGCUGUAUCACAUUCGCACCAAUCCGCGUCCGUCGAUGAUGACCCUGCGUAUCAGCGCCUUCAGUCGGAGAACUCGGCCCUCUUGCGGAAACUGGAUGCUGCACGCUAUGAGAAGGACUCUGACCGACACGCUUGGGAAGCCAAGCUCCUUCAAUCGGAGCGGACUAGCUCGAAGACUUUAGCCGAGAGGGACGAGUUGCGAUCACGAUUGGACAAGAUGUCUGACUACGAAGAUAUUCGUCGGGAGCUAGAGAUGAUCAAGUCCAUUGAAUUCACUACGGGUGAUGAUGACGAAACGGGCGAGGCAGCUGAAGAGACGCGAGCCGACACCAACGGUGCUGCCACGAAAUCCAAGGACAAGAACCUGGAGCAGUUGUUACUGGCUCGAAACAAGAAAUUGACGGACGAACUUACGCUACUACGGGUAUCGCACCGCGAUAUUCAGGGCCAACUCGAGAGCUUGCGCGGCGAGCUUUCGACGACGAAAAUGGAACUCGAAAAGUCUCGUGGUCUGUCAAGCACUCUCGAAAAUGACCUGCUCUCCGUGCAGCAAGAGGCGGCCAAUACAUUCCCAUCAGGAGCAAUGUCUGUCGCUGGCACUUACUCUUCGAGAUACCCGUCGCGUCGGGGUGCGGCAUCACCCACCUCAUCUAUCAUUUCUGGCUUCGACCAGAGCGCGGUGUCUGGGAACACCAUGGAUGCGGUCCGUGCAGGGGAGGCCGUGGGCGGUGGGUCAGGCAUCCUGCCCAUGGUUCAAGCGCAGCGAGAUCGCUUCAAGAAAAAGAACUCCGAGCUAGAGGAGGAGCUGUCGAAGAUGUACAGCACAGUCAAAUCCCUUCGACAGGAAGUUGCCUCUCUCCAGAAAGACAACUUGAGUCUCUACGAAAAGACCCGGUACGUGUCGACCUACAGCCGGGGCGGCAACGGCGCCUCGACAUCUGCAUCGUCCUAUGCAAACGCACCAAGCUCGACAUCCGUCUACAACGCAGACACACCCUCAGGGUUAUCUCUGGACCGAUAUCAGUCCGCCUACGAAGCUCGCAUCUCGCCAUUUGCAGCGUUCCGCGGCCGUGAAUCCGCACGAGCGUACAAGCGCAUGAGCCUUCCGGAAUGGAUCGUCUUCUCGCUUACCCGCGUUAUCCUCGCGAACCGGACCAGCCGGAAUCUCUUUGCGGGGUACUGCUUCGCCCUGCAUAUUCUCAUUUUCACCAUGCUUUACUAUAUGAGCACGAUGGAGAUCGAGAAACAUGCCGCCAUGAGCGCCGUAGGUAGCGCCGCCGCGGCCGCAUAUGGGAGUAGUGGCGGCGGCAGUGGUGUUGGCAGCGGUAGUGGGAGUGGUCAGCUGCACGGUGAUGACUGGCAGCAGGAAGGCUUCAACCGUGGAGGCUGA